AUUCUUUGACUGCACAUUCUCGCGCAGCAUUGACUGUCACGUGAGUCGUCUCGUGACAACAGGAAGAAGGAAUGGCAACAGUGUAAGGAUGCUGCUGCUGCUUUGACACUUUUCAACUCUGGAUUUUAAUAUCUGCAGAAAGCGACAGACAACAAUGGCUUCUUUUAUAAAAGAAACACAAAGCAUAAAAGAAGCAGUGACUUUCAUCAACGCUAUUGAUGAGAACAAGUUCUCCAGGCUGAUCUCCCGCAUCAUACAAAAGCUUCAUCUGAAGGGAGAGCGGACAUUCAGUGAAGAGGAGGAAGAAAAACUUCAGGCUGCCCUCUCAUUGAAUAAACAGGCUCUCAGUCUAGUCCUGGAAACAGCUGCCUUUAUACUAGAGCAGGCAGUGUAUCAUAAUGUAAAGCCGACCUCUCUACAGCAACAGCUGGAGGGGGUUCAUCUAAACCCAGACAAGGCUGAGGUGUUCUCUCAAACCUGGGCCAGUUCUGGACCUGAGCUGGUGGAGAAACUAAAGCACAAUACCUUUGCCCCAAAGAAGCUGGAGUAUGUCGGCUGGCAGUUGAACCUGCAGAUGGCCCAGUCCAGCCAAGCCAGACUGAAGUCUCCCAGUGCUGUCCUCCAACUGGGGCUCCGCAAUGAAGACUCUGAGGUUCAGGAAAAUGUCUUUGUUGAUUUUAACCACCAGGAGCUGCUUGACCUCUACAACAAGCUUGAAAUCGUGCAAGGCCAGUUGGAUUCUCUGACCUGAUGCAUGGUGCUCUCUCUCACACACACACACACACACACACACACAGAGUGUUUUUGCUGACAGCUAUGCCAGCUGUUCCAUUCUUGCUCUGAUUUAUUAGAGAAAAAUGUCAAACUUUGAUUGAAGGAGUUUCUUUCCACUUUAAGCUCCUUUUAUUCCAGGUGCGUGCUCAUAACUUGGAGAGGCUGGUGUGAUAAAUUAUGAUAAAUCUGAUUGUACUUGUAAUUGUAUUGAAACAUAUUUCUUAGUAAUAUUUUAUAUGUCCAGCAGUGAGUAACAAAAAUGUUUGAUGGCCCUAGGAAUUAGUUAUUAUAAGAUUUAAAAAAUGUGCCAAUAGUCAAUGAUCGUGAAUAUUGUUUGUACCCUUAGAAAACUAAGUUAAGGGAAAUGCUAUGUUGAGUUAUAAACAAAUUAAUUUUGUGUCCAUGACAUUCUAAUAAAAUCUGAAGUGGAGGUGAAAUCCAUCCAUGCUGUU